CAACAACCGCGUUUUACUGAAUCAUUUUAUCCAUCAUCAAUUCCCACAAUGCUCCGAGAGAUGACAAAAUAUUGAGGUUUUCUAGGUAUGAUGGCGCUAGGUGUUGUACACUAAAAAGAGAGUAACCUAAAAACCUGGAGGGACUUUUAUUAACUGCGAGGAAAAAACGGAGCGGCGAACUACUGAUGUUCAAAUCUAGCUGCUGAGAUUCAUGGAAAAAGGACACGACAACUCCACCAGUAUGGCAGCGUCAGAGCUGUACACAAAGUUUGCUCGGGUGUGGAUCCCUGAUGCAGAUGAGGUGUGGAAGUCAGCAGAGCUCACUAAGAACUACAAACAUGGAGAUUCCACCCUACACCUCACACUGGAGGAUGGAAUGGACAUUGAGCACAAGCUGGAUGAUAAGACAAAGAACCUUCCUCACCUCCGGAACCCUGACAUCCUGGUGGGGGAGAAUGACCUCACAGCUCUUAGCUACCUCCACGAGCCGGCCGUCCUGCACAACCUUAAAGUCCGCUUCACCGACUCCAAACUCAUCUACACAUACUGUGGUAUUGUGCUGGUGGCCAUUAAUCCCUAUGAGAACCUUCCCAUCUACGGUAGUGACAUCAUCAAUGCGUACAGUGGCCAGAACAUGGGAGACAUGGACCCUCACAUCUUCGCUGUGGCUGAGGAGGCUUACAAACAGAUGGCCAGAGAUGAGAGGAACCAGUCUAUAAUCGUAAGCGGUGAGUCGGGAGCAGGGAAGACUGUCUCAGCUAAAUACGCCAUGCGCUACUUUGCUACAGUCAGUGGAGCAGCCACAGAGGCCAACGUAGAGGAGAAGGUCCUCGCAUCCAACCCCAUCAUGGAGGCGAUAGGAAACGCUAAGACGACUCGUAACGACAACAGCAGUCGUUUCGGGAAGUACAUUGAGAUCGGCUUCGACAAACGCUACCGUAUCAUUGGAGCUAACAUGAGGACAUAUCUACUGGAGAAGUCUAGAGUGGUGUUUCAGGCGGACGAGGAGAGGAACUAUCAUAUCUUCUACCAGCUGUGUGCGUCCUCCCAUCUACCAGAGUUCAAGAAUCUGAAGCUAGGUAGUGCUGAUGUCUUCCACUGCACCAAUCAGGGCCGGAACCCGGUCAUCGAUGGAGUCGACGAUGCUAAAGAGAUGUGCACAACACAACAUGCCUUCUCACUGCUAGGCAUCAACGAGUUGAACCAGAAGGGGCUGUUCCAGGUCCUGGCUGCCAUCUUACAUCUGGGCAACGUGGAGAUCAAGGACCGAGACUCUGACAGCAGCAUCAUACCUCCCAAUAACCGCCACCUGACGGUGUUCUGUGAGCUGAUGGGCGUGACCUACCAGGACAUGUCUCAUUGGCUGUGCCACAAGAAGCUGAAGACAGCCCAGGAGACCUACAUCAAGCCCAUCCCUCGGCUGCAAGCCUCCAAUGCCCGCGACGCGCUCGCCAAACACAUCUACGCCAAAGUCUUCAACUGGAUCGUGGACCAUGUCAACAAAUCUCUACGCGCCACCGUCAAACAGCACUCCUUCAUAGGAGUCCUGGAUAUCUAUGGGUUUGAGACGUUUGAGAUCAACAGUUUUGAACAGUUCUGUAUCAACUAUGCUAACGAGAAACUGCAACAGCAGUUUAACAUGCAUGUGUUCAAGCUGGAGCAGGAGGAGUAUUUGAAGGAGCAGAUUCCCUGGACUCUGAUAGACUUCUAUGAUAACCAGCCAUGUAUCAACCUCAUAGAGGCCAAGAUGGGGGUACUCGACCUGCUGGACGAAGAGUGCAAGAUGCCUAAAGGUUCAGAUGACUCGUGGGCCCAGAAGCUGUAUAACACCCAUCUGAAGACCUGCUCUCUGUUUGAAAAACCUCGCAUGUCCAACAAAGCCUUCAUCAUACAGCACUUUGCUGACAAGGUGCAGUACCAGUGUGAUGGCUUUCUGGAGAAGAACAAGGACACGGUGAAUGAAGAGCAGAUCAAUGUCCUGAAGGCCAGCAAUUUGGACCUGCUAGUGGAGCUGUUUCAGGAUGAGGAGAAAGUGACCAGUCCAACAGGGACCGCUCCAGGAGGUCGAACACGACUCAGCGUCAAACCAAAAGAGGUCAGAUCUGGAGCAAGCAGCAAGGAGCACAAGAAGACUGUUGGCUGCCAGUUCCGGAACUCUCUGGCUAUGUUGAUGGAGACUCUGAAUGCGACCACUCCUCACUAUGUUCGCUGCAUCAAGCCCAACGACCUCAAGUUCCCCUUCACGUUUGACCCUAAGCGGGCGGUGCAGCAGCUCAGAGCCUGUGGUGUUCUGGAGACCAUCCGCAUCUCAGCCGCAGGCUUCCCAUCCAGAUGGACCUACCAGGAGUUCUUCAGUCGUUACCGGGUUCUGAUGAAGCAGAAAGACGUCCUGUCGGACAGGAGGCUGACCUGUAGGAACGUCCUGGAGAAACUGGUGCAGGACCAGGACAAGUACCAGUUUGGUAAGACUAAGAUCUUCUUCAGGGCUGGUCAGGUUGCCUACCUGGAGAAGCUGAGGGCUGAUAAGCUGAGGAAGGCGUGCGUCCGUAUCCAGAAGACCAUCCGCUGCUGGCUGGUACGCAAGAAGUACCUCCGAAAGAAGCAUGCUGCCAUCACCAUCCAGAGAUACACCCGCGGACACCAGGCCCGCUGUCUGGUUAAGUACAUGCGUCAGACCCUGGCAGCCAUCACUAUCCAGAAGUUCCAGAGGAUGUGUGUCCAGAGGAAAGUGUACCUACAGAAGCAGGCUGCUGCCCUGGUCAUGCAGACUAUCCUCAGAGCGUACAUGGCCCGACAGAAAUACCAAGGGUUGCUGCGUAACCACAAAGCUGUGUUCAUCCAGAAACACGUGCGUGGCUGGCUGGCCAGACAGCGGUACAAGCGCUCCCUGCGAGCCAUCGUCUAUCUGCAGUGCUGCAUUAGGAGGAUGAAGGCCAAGAAAGAGCUGAAGAAGCUGAAAAUCGAGGCCCGCUCCGUUGAACAUUUCAAGAAACUUAACGUUGGCAUGGAGAAUAAGAUCAUGCAGCUGCAGAGGAAGUUAGACGAACAGCCUAAAGACAACCGUGUGACCAGCGAGCGGCUGAACUGUCUGGAGACGUCCCACGCGGUGGAGAGUGAGAAGCUGAAGGUAGAGGUGUCUAAGCUGAAGGGGAUAGAAGAGGAAGCCAAGAACAACGCCAACCGUGUCACUUCCCUUCUGGAGCAGCUGGAGAGGCUGAGGAAGGAGCUGACCACCACCCAGAAAGAGAAGAAGACCAUUGAGGACUGGGCUACCAAGUACAGGGAUGAGAUGGAAAAGAUGGUCGCAGAGCUGAAGCAGCAGAAUGGUCUGCUGAAGACCGAGAAAGACGACCUGAACCGAAUGAUCAAGGAACAGAGCCAGCAGAUGACAGAGAAAAUGACUCGUGCAUUAGCGGAGGAGACUCAGCAGUUGGAGAGCGAUCUGAACGAGGAGAGGUCUCGCUACCAGAACCUCCUAACAGAACACCUGAGACUGGAGGAACGCUACGACGACCUCAAGGAAGAAAUCACUCUCUCUGUGAGCGUGCCCAAGCCCGGCCACAGGAGAACAGACUCCACCCACAGCAGCAACGGAUCAGAGUGCACCUACAACUCAGAGUUCGCCGAAUCAGAAGAAAGUUCCCGACAUGGAGAAGAUGUGACCCGGGGCAUGGACACGUCUCUGACUCUGAAGCUGCAGAAGCGCGUAACCGAGCUGGAGCAGGAGAAAUCCUCUCUCCGCAACGAGCUAGAAAACAAGGAGGAGCAGUUCCAGCGGGCUAGAGUCAGGGAUGAUGAGGAGCAUAAGAAAUCACGUGGAGCAGAACUGGAGUACGAGUCUCUCAAGCGCCAGGAGCUGGAUUCCGAGAACAAGAAGUUGAAGCACGACCUGACCGCCAUGAGGCAGAGCCUGCUCGGUAAUGCAGGCGCUGGGGCAGGGGCACCAGGAAGUCCACCCUACAAAGUUCUCAUGGACCAACUGAACUCCUCCUGCGAGGAGCUGGAGGUGCGGAAAGAGGAGGUGCUGAUUCUACGAUCUCAACUGGUCUCACAGAAGGAGGCCAUGCAGCACAAGGAUGAGAAGGAGACGAUGACGGAGCCAGUGCACUAUGCAGAGGAUGUCCAUAAGAUGAAGGACUCUGGUGCAAUCACUCAGGCUUAUCUAGGACUCAAAGAUACCAACAGACUGUUGGAGGGCCAGAUGCAGCAGCAGCGGCGUAGCUAUGACAACGAGGUGGAGGUGUUGCGAGGGGAGUUACAGAGUGUUAAAGAGGAGAAUAACCGUCAACAACAGCUGCUGGCCCAGAACCUGCAGCUCCCACCAGAGGCACGCAUAGAGGCUAGUCUACAGCAUGAGAUCACACGACUCACCAACGAAAACCUGGAGAUGCUGAGGACUGAGGAUCCAACAGCAUAUCGCAGCGCCAAAGUCAACAUAUUACGACGGAUGGUUGACCUCAUGGAACAGCUGGAGAAGCAGGAUAAAACUAUCCGUAAGCUUAAGAAACAGCUGAAGGUGUUCUCCAAGAAGAUUGGAGAAAUGGGAGCGGGCCAUGUUGAGACUAUAUCUCCGGGUCAGAUGGUUGAAGAGACGGUCCGUCCGGUGAACAUUCCUCGUCGCGAGAAAGACUUCCAGGGAAUGUUGGAGUACAAGAAGGAGGAUGAGCUGAAACUGGUUAAGAACCUCAUACUGGAGUUGAAGCCUCGUGGUGUAGCGGUGAAUCUGAUCCCAGGCCUGCCAGCCUACAUCCUCUUCAUGUGUCUGAGGCAUGCUGACUAUGUCAACGAUGACCAGAAGGUCAGGACGCUGCUCACAUCCACCAUCAACAGCAUCAAGAAGAUACUCAAGAAACGGGGGGAUGACUUUGAGACGGUCUCCUUCUGGCUGUCCAACACCUGUCGCUUCCUACACUGUCUGAAACAGUACAGCGGAGAUGAGUCGUUUAUGAAGCACAACACUCCUAAGCAGAAUGAUCACUGCCUGUCUAACUUUGACCUGGCUGAGUACCGACAGGUCCUCAGUGACCUGGCCAUUCAGAUCUACCAGCAGCUCAUCAAAUGCAUGGAGAACAUCCUACAGCCCAUGAUUGUCUCUGGCAUGUUGGAGCAUGAGACCAUCCAGGGUGUGUCGGGGGUUAAGCCGACCGGUCUGCGUAAACGGACAUCGAGCAUCGCUGACGAGGGAACCUACACGCUGGAAUCCAUCUUACGCCAACUCAGCGCUUUCCACUCCACCAUGUGUCAGCACGGCACUGACCCUGAACUCAUCAAACAGGUUGUGAAGCAGCAGUUCUACAUCAUUGGAGCUGUGACUCUCAACAAUCUACUGCUGCGUAAAGACAUGUGCUCCUGGAGCAAAGGCAUGCAGAUCAGGUAUAACGUGAGUCAGCUGGAGGAGUGGCUGCGUGACAAGUCUCUGAUGCUGUGUGGAGCCAAGGAGACUCUGGAGCCUCUGAUUCAGGCUGCUCAGCUGCUGCAAGUCAAGAAGAAGACGGACGAAGACGCCGAGGCCAUCUGCUCCAUGUGCAACAGCCUGUCCACAUCUCAGAUUGUGAAGGUGUUGAACCUGUACACUCCAGUCAACGAGUUUGAAGAGAGGGUGUCUGUUACCUUCAUACGAACCAUACAGACUCGUUUGCGGGACCGCUGUGAGACUCCUCAGCUGUUGAUGGACACUAAGAUCAUCUACCCAGUCACCUUCCCUUUCAACCCCUCCUCUCUGGCCCUGGAGACUAUCCAAAUACCAGGCUCCCUCAACCUAGCCUUCCUUACCCGCGUCUAACACACACACACACAACUAAUAGAUAGGCUAUACAUAUGUACACACGCAUACACAAAGCAUUCUCUUCCUAACACAUCCAAACACUUACAUAUAGUGCACACACACAUACACACGCUCAGCUUCCACCCUACGGUAGUCUUUAUAUCAGUAGUUGAAAGCCCAUCCUCCGCGUGUACAAAUGCUCAACUCUAAGAGAAUGCACCGCUACAGGCCACCUUUUCUCCUAUCUUACCCCCUUUUACUAAGCUCCCCACCUACAACCCCAUUUAAGACCUAGUACCGUGUUCCCCCAGUCCUCUUUUCUCCUCUUUGUUCUCUUCUCAAUAGUGUAGUGUUUUCUAGCAGUCCGGUUCUCCCAUAGGAAUGUAUUACGGUACACUUAAGCUAACUGUCCAGGGCUAGCAUCACAGCUAGCUAGCUCCUUCAGCUAAGCUCAGCUAGCAUCUGUUGUGUUAUGAUAGGAUGCUAGCGCUUCCACAGUUUUCUAGCUAGCAUCAGUUUUGAGUAUAUCGUUAUCAACUCACCCACUGAACACAUUCAAGCCAAGUGCAGUACCCAUUGUCUGUACCAUACUUUUAUACAUAUAUAAAUACAUAUAAAUAUUAAUAUAUAUAUAUAUCAAGCUAGGGUGUUUUAUUUAUUGCAUUUAUCUCACUCCCUCCACUAUUUAAUGUGGCUUUUUAUUUGUUUAGCUCAUGAUGUAUUGUGCUUUAAUAUCUCUCUGCCGUUGCUUUGUCCUGCUUUAACCUGCUUCUCUAGUAGAUCUGCACUUCAGCACCACUGCACCAGAGGUUGAAAUAGAGGAUUAGACUGGAACAGAGGUUGAAAUAGAGGAUUAGACUGGAACAGAGGUUGAAAUAGAGGAUUAGACUGGAACAGAGGUUGAAAUAGAGGAUUAGACUGGAACAGAGGUUGAAAUAGAGGAUUAGACUGGAACAGAGGUUGAAAUAGAGGAUUAGACUGGAACAGAGGUCGAAAUAGAGGAUUAGACUGGAACAGAGGUCGAAAUAGAGGAUUAGACUGGAACAGAGGUCGAAAUAGAGGAUUAGACUGGAACAGAGGUCGAAAUAGAGGAUUAGACUGGAACAGAGGUCGAAAUAGAGGAUUAGACUGGAACAGAGGUCGAAAUAGAGGAUUAGACUGGAACAGAGGUCGAAAUAGAGGAUUAGACUGGAACAGAGGUCGAAAUAGAGGAUUAGACUGGAACAGAGGUCG